UAGUUUGGGUCUGAGGAGAGUUUCCAACUGGAAGUCUAUUUUUUUUAUUAAAUGCAGUGCCAAGUGAAAUCACUUCCCAUGAGGGUUUAGCAAUCAUUUAAAAACACGACUCAUGAUUCUGAUGAACACACCUCAUCUGUUAAGACGUACUGUAAGACACAAGAGCAAAUCAUGGAAUUAGAGGCCAUUUAUGAGAGUGAUGAAGAUACUGACACUACUGGACCUCAAAAAUGGAGUAAAAACAAGGAUAAAGGGAAAGCUCAAAAUCACGGAGGAAGUAGGUGUUUGGUGUUGAUGACAGUGUGUCUCGGGAUCAUUUGUGUUGUUCUGCUGGUCUUCAUCAUAGCGCAGCACAUCUCCAACACAGCAGAGAGAGAAUCUCUGUUCAAGAGUAACAAGAACACAGUCCAAGAGUUCAAUCACACCAUCAACAGCUUACAGGACAAUUACACUGAACUAAUGACUGAAAAAGACCAACUGAAGAACAACUUCAGCUCUCUGAGUCAGAAGAAACUGGAGCUGGAGACCAGAGUCAAUGAUCUUACAGCUGAGAAAAGCCAGUUUCAGAGAAACAUUGAUUCUUUGAGUCAGAAGAAACUGGAGAUGGAGACCAGAGUCAAUGAUCUUACAGCUGAGAAAAGCCAGUUUCAGAGAAACAUUGAUUCUUUGAGACAGAAGAGACUGGAAUUAGAAAGCAAAGUCACGUCUUUGAGUGUUGAACUGAGGUUAAAAGCUUUUAAUAAAGAAUGCAGUUUAGAUGACUUGUUGAUAUCUGAUGAGAAGAUGAGCUGGUCUAAGACCAGGCAGUACUGCAGGGAUCGAGGAGCUGAUCUGAUCAUUAUCGACACUGAAGUGAAGCAGAGGUGCAUAACUUCAUUUGUCAAGGACAAUGUGUGGAUUGGUUUGUCUGACAUUGAGCACGAGGGCAAUUUAACAUGGGUGGAUAAUUCACCACUGAAUCAAGGGUUUUGGAGCGAAGGUGAGCCGAAUGAUGCUUAUGGAAACGAGGACUGUGCUGAAAUUAUGUCUUCUUGUACAUCUUUUAACCUGAACAACUGGAAUGAUCUCUCAUGCUCUGAGAAGAGAAAAGGCAUUUGUGAGAAAUAGGGUUCAUCCCGUCUUGUUGUGGUUUUACUUCUUUUAUUUUGUGGAAGCAUUUCUUCUUGUGAAUGCUGAAUUUCUGAUAGAGGUGCCUGCCUUUAAAACAGUCUGCUACAUUCAUUUUAUAUAAACGGCUUUCAUGAUAUCAAUUUUAUUUCAAACUUUUCUGUAAAUUACAAAAUUGCAAGAUGAUAAUUGCCAUUAUUUUCUUACUGCUGUAAUAAACUCACAGUGUGAAUCAGGGUGAUCUGGGACACCAAAUCUCUAAUGUGUUGAUGCACCAUCUCAAGCAGCUCUGUGUCAUUAUGAUCUUAUUCUAGCUCUUAUCAUGCAUCUCAUUUGUUGGUUUGAAGUGUUGAGGUGAAAAUCACAGUAAACUACAGAAGUCUAAAAUGUCCCAAAUUGAACUGAUUCACCCUAUUAUUCUGAUAUUAAGUUUCUGUCAAACUGCUUUUGUAUUGAUUUUUGCCUUCUCAUUGAAUAAA